AUGGAUGAAUUGCAACGAAAUGAUAAAGAUCCUUCGGCACCGCCCUCUGAACCGCAAGAUCCGACGCAGCAACGAAAACUGACACCAAUUGGUAACUUGCAGCUUGGGUCUACCUCAAUACCUCAGCCCACACAGACUGCUGCGCCCGCGUCCUCAACAGAAGAUCCAUUAAGUAGUUUUGGCGGACCUGGUCCAUUUUCACCAUGGAGCGGAGGGUCGGAAAUGCAGUUAGGUUACCCUUCUGCUGCGUCAGAUAUAUCAGGGGAUCGCGUCUUUCCGAUCAGGUCUGUUGUUAGUGUAGACCCAACUCCGAGACACUCAGUGGUCGAUGACAGCAUGCAGCAUUCGUCUGAUACCGAGAGCCGCGGCAUUGCCGGGCAUCGAAUGUCAUAUCGAGGAGACUCAUCAAGUGAUACAAGGAAGCUUGAGUUUGCUCCCAUGUCCCCCAGUGCUGGUCAACCCAGUGGCCCUGGCGUCGAUUUGCGCAGGAAGCGAGCAAUGAGCGGGCCAGUGUCUAGCAUACAAGCGGAUGCGGUACGACACGGAUCUGUGGCGCCAUUACAGCUCGAUAUCUCAGCGUCAGACCAUGAGAGCGAGGAAUCCGGACCUUUGGGCGGCGGCCCAGCUCCAGCUGACCGAGCUGAUACUGCAUCAACCACGUCCGCAAAUCAGUCACUGGGCGAACUUCCACACAUGACAACUCGGUUUACGCACGUUGAGACGGAUGAAGGGCAUGCUAUUAUAACUGGACGUGAUGGGGUAUUACAGCAAUGUGAAGACGAACCAAUUCAUACACCCGGAGCUGUGCAGGGCUUCGGCGUUCUUUUGGCUUUACGGGAAGACGGUAGCGGCAGCUUCUCAGUUCGCUAUGCUAGCGAAAACUCGGGCAAAAUUAUUGGAUAUACCCCGAAACAGUUGUUUCGUCUCAAGAACUUCUUGAAUAUUUUGACCGAGGAACAGCAAGAUAAUCUAUUAGACCACAUAGAUUUUAUCCGCGAUGAAGAUGCUGACCCCGCCGUUAAUGGUCCAGAGGUUCUCAGCCUCUCAAUCAAGCCGCCAAAGACUGGGAAAAGUAUCAAGCUGUGGUGUGCUAUACACAUCAACAACGCCCACCCCGAUCUAAUCAUUUGCGAAUUCGAACUAGAUGAUGACAAGGAAUACCCAUUGCGACCUGCCGACGAACUCACCCCAGAUACACCUCACGAUACCCUUCAUUCAAACCCGACCCUGGAAGAGAUCGAGGCUAGCACAGAAAUUCUAAGCAAGCCAUUACGAAUUCUGCGCAGUGCACGGAAACGUCGAGGAGAGCAGGGAGCCAUGCAAGUAUUUGACAUCAUGUCGCAGGUUCAAGAGCAGUUAGCAUCUGCCCCGAACCUAGAAAAUUUUCUCAAGAUUCUCGUGGGGAUCGUCAAGGAACUGACUGGCUUUCACCGCGUCAUGAUCUACCAAUUCGAUUCAUCAUUUAAUGGAAAGGUGGUUACGGAGCUGGUUGAUACGUCCCAAACUGUCGACUUGUAUAAAGGUUUGCACUUCCCAGCUUCUGAUAUCCCACGACAGGCCCGAGAACUGUACAAGAUCAAUAAGGUCCGCCUUCUAUACGACCGGGACCUUGAUACAGCACGAAUGGUGUGCCGGACCAAGGACGAUCUGGAUGUUCCCCUCGACAUGACCCACGCGUAUCUUCGCGCCAUGUCACCUAUUCAUCUUAAGUAUUUGGCCAAUAUGGCAGUCCGAUCGUCCAUGUCCAUCUCCAUAAAUGCGUUUAAUGAGCUUUGGGGGCUGAUUUCUUGCCAUACUUACGGAGACCAUGGAAUGCGUGUAUCCUUUCCAAUACGGAAGAUGUGUCGACUGGUUGGAGACACUGCGUCCAGGAACAUUGAGAGGCUGUCGUACGCAUCAAGACUUCAAGCACGGAAGCUUAUCAAUACAGCCCCAACGGAAAAGAACCCUUCCGGGUACAUCAUUGCGUCGUCGGAUGACUUGUUGAAGUUGUUUGAUGCUGACUUUGGACUUUUGUCAAUACAGGGGGAAACCAAGAUACUUGGCGCCAUUGAGCACAGCCAAGAAGCACUGGCAAUGUUGGAAUAUUUACGGAUGAGGAAGCUGACUUCAGUUGCUGCAUCGCAAGACGUGCGAGAGGAUUUUCCAGAUUUGAAGUACCCCCCUGGAUUCCAGGUCAUAGCUGGACUUUUAUACGUGCCUCUCAGCGUUGGAGGUAGCGACUUCAUUGUAUUCUUCCGGCGAGGGCAAAUUAAGGAAGUGAAAUGGGCCGGCAACCCCUACGAGAAAGUAAUCCGGGACGGCACCGCCGGAUAUCUUGAGCCCAGAAAAAGCUUCAAGAUUUGGAACGAAACUGUUCUGGGAAAGUGCCGUGAGUGGAACGAAGAGCAAGUGGAAACAGCAGCUGUGCUCUGUCUCGUCUACGGUAAAUUUAUCGAGGUUUGGAGGCAAAAAGAGGCGGCACUGGAAAGCAGCAAACUUACAAGAAUACUUCUGGCUAACUCGGCCCAUGAAGUCCGAACCCCCCUUAACGCCAUUAUCAACUACCUCGAGAUUGCCCUUGAAGGAACACUAGACCAAGAGACUCGCGAAAACUUAGCUCGUUCUCACUCAGCUUCGAAGUCAUUGAUUUACGUGAUCAACGAUUUGCUCGACCUUACAAAGACGGAAGAAGGUCAAAAUCUGAUCAAGGAUGAAAUGUUUGACCUGGAUGCUUGUAUAAACGAAGCAACAGACCCGUUUUACGUUGAUGCGAAGCGAAAGGGUAUCGAUUACCAAGUCACAAAACACCCCGGACUUCCUCAAUUUGUCUAUGGUGACAGCCGGCGAGUACGACAGGCGUUAUCAAACAUUACCGCGAAUGCUGUUGCCCAUACAGAGCAAGGCUCUGUUCAUAUUGAAAUGUUUGUUUCUGAAGUUCGAGACGGCAUGGCCUUCAUCGAUUUUGUCGUGGCAGACUCAGGCGCUGGCAUGAACCCCAAACAACUGGAUUCGCUUUUCAGAGACCUAGAGCAAGUUAGCACCGAUGACUCCGCAUCGCCAACCUCCGGGCCAUUGGACAGACAGCCCGAGACGAGAACCCUCGGUUUGGGACUUGCUGUGGUAGCGCGAAUUGUUAGAAAUAUGGACGGGCAGCUUCGGUUGAAGUCUGAGGAGGGUCAAGGCUCCAGAUUUGUUGUUCAGUUGCCAUUCCAGCUCCCAGAGAAUACACCAAGCCCGGAGUCGGGAGGGACAGCCCAAGACUCAGUGUCUGCAACUCAGCCGAACAUAGCAGUCGCCUCCACGUCACCAGGUCUUAAGGCUACACCGGCCGGUGAAAUAAUGCUGAUUGAGCGUGGAAGCAACAUGAAUUUGGCUGCUGACCUGGAUAGAAGGUCAGCAGGAACAGGGAGUGCCGGCAGUCGCCGCAGUAUCGAGAGCUUGAUCAGCCAUGCCAGUCAGAAGAGUGAUGCUGAUCGUCUGAUUGAUGCCAUUCAAACCCCACUGUCUCUGACUGAGAAUCAGACUGGAUAUUUUGUCUCUGGCCCAGGUUCCAAGGGUAGCACCUCACAUGCGCCAUCUCAUACCAGCGGCGGAGCUGGAACGUCUUCCAGUCCCGUAUCACACAAACAAAGACAUGCUUCAUCUACCCAAUCACGACAAGAGGCGGGCACAGCCGAAAUACAGGACUCGAAAACCCCUGUUAAAGCCGUCAAGGUUCCUGAUGAGUACGUUGACAUGCCAAAUCGAAGUUCGAAAGGAGAAAAGUCCGGAGUCCUGUUCGAGCUUCCAUCAGAAAAGUCACAGCAGAAUCCAGGGACGGCAAGGGUAGCAGCAUCCAGUGGAGAGCCUAGCCUCAGCAUAUUAGUGGCAGAAGAUGACCCGAUCAACAUGAAAAUUCUUCGAAAGAGAUUGGAAAGAGCUGGUCAUACUGUACACCAUACUGUCAAUGGUGAGGAUUGUGCGACAGUGUACCAAGAUAAGUCCUCUGAAUUCGAUGUAGUUCUCAUGGACAUGCAGAUGCCCAUUGUGGAUGGACUGACUAGCACCAAGAUGAUUCGGUCGACAGAGCAAUCUGACGAGCAUAAGGGGCAUUCGAAGAUGGCGGCCAAAAACAAACGGAUACCGAUUUUUGCUGUUUCUGCAUCUCUUGUCGAAGAAAAGAAGCAGAUGUACGUGGAUGCCGGGUUUGACGGGUGGAUUUUGAAGCCUAUCGACUUCAAGCGGCUUAGCACCCUUUUAGCCGGUAUUUACGAAAGCACUACGAAGAAGUCUUGUCUGUAUGUUGCAGGCGAGUGGGAACGAGGUGGAUGGUUCUCGCUAAGCGACGGCGAUGAGAGCGAAGCUGCAGGAAGUUCUCAGGCAACCCCUACCGUGGAUACCGAGGGAAAACAAUUGAACAUAGACGCAACGACGGAAUUAUGA